GAGCUUCUCUCCCUAUUUCCCAUGUUAUGGCUAGCGCCCCGUCCCGGGAUAUACUAACUGUACCGCUCUCAUGGGGGGAAUAAGCGCCUAGCUAAUUACUGGCGGUGCCCGCUUCAGGCAGGCCGACCCUUUGGGGGGCACGUCUGUCUGUACUUAGGGCUCGGCUGGAGAAACAAUAAAGCGGCAAUUAUUUUGGGAAGAGGUGGGUUAAUAUUAAAUUUCCCAUGAGCCCCCAGCGAUGAUUCCCUUCCGGAUCGUUGUGUGCAAGGGAAGGUUCAUUCAACUCCUCGCCAAAUAUAGGGGGAAACACAACCCCAAGCAGGGAGCCUGGGCCGGGGGGCAAUAAUAUAGCUCCGAGGGGCUCCCUGACUAUUGCCCGCCAGGGGGAGACGCCACAGCAGGAACAUGGCCAAGGCUCAGAAAGGAAAUCCUGGUGCUUCCCACCAGCCUUUUAAAAAGAGAAGAGACUCAACGCUUGCGGAAAAAGUUAAAAUCUUGGAACUCCUUCAACAGCCCAAGGCUUCCCAAUCAUCUGUUGCAAGGAACUUGGGGCUGUCCCAGUCAACGAUCAGCCGGGUGAUGAAAAACAGGGAAGAAAUUAUGGAACGGUGGAACCAAAAUGAAAACCCAGCUCGUAAGCGGAACAGGCCUUUCAAACACGCCAAGGUGGACGAGGCUUUGCUGGAGUGGCUUCUCUUCGCCAAGGCGAAUAAGCUUCCUAUUUCAGGGCCUAUACUCAUGAGGCGGGCAGAGGCUAUCGCCAAGGAGAUCGGGUGUCCCCAGUUUAAGCCCUCUAAUGGGUGGCUGUGGAGGUGGAAAGAGCGCUACCGACUGUUCUACAGGACAGAAGUGCUACCGUGUCAGAGGAGCGGAAUGAUAUUGCAAGGUCAAGACGUACCAGAAUCCGAAAUAGCUUAUGACAAAGUGACAGCAAAGGGCUAUUGCCUCGGUGCCAAUGAACGGAGUGAGGUCCUCACCAGAUCAGAGUUCCAUGACCGAUCAUCUCAAGGAUGCCCUAGGAACAGAUCCCUGACGCUUGCCCAGGUGGCUAAGGAAUACCAUUCCCAAGACAUAUUCUGCGGCAUUGAAUCACCCUUUCAGUUUAGAGCUAUGGCGGGUCAGGGUUUCAUGUCCGAACACAAGAAGGAAUCCGUCUGCAUUUGGUUCUGUUGCAACAUGAAUGGAACGGAGAAACUCAAACUCUUGGUGACCCACAAUCUCCCUGCAAAGUCUAUUGGGGCCCACUCCUUAUCCCCCGUGUUCCUAAAGCUCAGUCACAAUGGGUAUUUGACGGAAGGCCUGCUCAUUGAGUGGCUUCUGACCUGGGACUCCAAACUUGCCCGACAAGAUAGGAAGGUCCUCUUGUUUUUAAUGGCUCACAGCACCGUACCAAAAGUUAAACUCCGAAACAUCUCCCUCUGUCUCUUCCCUAAGAACAACACAAAUACGCCUUCCUCCCACCUCUUUGGCCAAGAACUGAUCAGUGAAUUCAAUGCUUUAUACAAACAACUGCUGCUUGAUAGGUUCCAGGAGGACACCAAUGUCAGCAGAGGCUCUGGAGUGUCCUUCCUAAGGCAACUGUCCCAUUUGUCACUAGUAGAGGCAAGUUAUACCAUGAACAAGGCCUGGUUGAGGAUAUCUUCCUACACUAUCAAAAACUGUUUCCAGAAGAUACUGAGCACCCAGGCGUUUUGUUCUGCAAGGCCACAGCCGACCAGCCUCAUACCAAAUAAAGACCUUCCAACCUUAAUGCUGCAGGGGGCCACGGAGAAUUUACACAAUUAUGGACCAUUUACUGCUGGUUUGGGAACAUACCGGAAAGUAACCAUCAAAGAAGAGUGCGUUGUUGAGCAGGAGGAAGAGGAUGAUGAGUUUGAAGCUUCAAGCUCCUACUUGUCUUACCCAAUACAGAAGGUGGAGGACAAUGAGGACAUGGUACAUGGAGGUGUCAAAACUGAACGUAACUGCUUUGAUCCGUGUGUGACAACCAAAGAUAAAAAAAUGGCGUCUGCAGUUGGAAUUAAGUCAGAGGUUCUGGAAGACUCUAGCAGUGUCCAAGAACUGAAAGGAGCUUGUGGUGUUAUCCAACGGUUCCUGUGUAGCCAGGGCCAGGAUAUGAGUAUUUUCUGUGCACUGCAGGGUCAGAUAGAGAGAUGCUUAGACAAUCAGUGUAGGAAGAAACAUGUCUAACCUGGAACUCACAUUCACACAGGGGGUUGUCACACACACACACCACAGUAACCAUUGCCUCUAGUGUUCUUUAUUAACCAGAGAUCUGGGCUGUACAUAUGAUUUGCUGGAGCCUUAAGCAGUUGUUGCAGUCAGGCACUAGGGUAUCGAGGAACAACAGAUCAGGCCGAUACUGAAUCAAACGCAGGACUAUGAUGUCCCUGUUAUGUCUGUAACCCCUGCUCCUUCAGUAGUGAUCUCCUCUUCAUGCCCAAUGUGUGAAGAUACUUUUUAGAAAAUCAAAGCAGGGAUUGUCCAGCUCCCUGUGAAAGACUAAUUCCCAAGCUAUUCAUGGCGUCUACCUGGAGAAACGCUGGCAAAUAAUUUGGACAAGAAUAUUUCAGUGCUCCUACUGUAUAAGAACCCUGGAGAAGGAUGGCAAUUGGGACAUAUUCACUCAUGGCUUCAGGGUUUCAAGGGGGGUACCCCGAUUAUGUGUUUCAGGGUGGCUUCCACUCUCCGGUCUCUAAAGACAACAAGGUGCUACAAGCAGAUUUAUCGUUCAGUUGAGAGUACAACCAAGUAAUAAUGUGGCCUUAUUUUAUCCCAUUGUAUAAUAUCUAACCCACUUCUUUCAUCAGUCGGAAGCUCCAAUCUAUAGGACUGCCCAAUGAGAUGGGAUUGUCCCAAUCUCCCACUGACUUCUCCCUGAAAGAUUUCCAUUAAUUCUACUUUGCAUUGUUCUGUAUAACCCUGAUCAUCUAACUGAUGGUUUUACACAUGGGUUCUUCCUACUCGCCACCAAAACCCAAUAAAUCUGGUACAUUUCUUUCC